AUGCGCAUUAACGCACGUGUAUCCUGAGCUAGAUGGCCUCUGGUUUGCCUCUUGCGCGGCAGUUUCCGGCGCUGUCGAGAUGGAGAAAUGUUUUUCUGCCAUUCCCUGCACUACUUGUGAGACAUCUAUCCAGUGGUGGUGAGGCUCUAAGUUCAAAUCUUAGCCAGCAAGUCGUGGGAAGUGACCGGACUAUCAUCUGCUACCAUCCGCCAACAAGUACCCCCCACCAGAACACAAAGCCACUCAGAAGACGAAAAGUUUGGGAGAACAGUUCCUUGACAGAUGGAGAGGUCACACUAGUUAGAAGACUGAGACAGGAGGAUGGCUCUAUUUGGAGUGUGGCCACCCUCUCCCGACUCUUCAAAGUCAGCCCAGCCCUCAUCAGCCGUGUGGCUCCGCCCAGUGAGGAGAGAAUGAGAGAGCUGGACGAAGAGAAGGAGAUGCUCAGGAACAUGAGACGGCACAAGAGAAAGCUCUUCCUCCUCCAGAGACAAGCUGUGAGCUGCCACCAACUCGUGCACAACUGUAGCUAUUUAUAGUAGCAGUGAUGACAUCAGCUUAGGACACCUUCUGACCCACUGAUGACCUACUGUCUGAGCUACUCAACCGAACACAUUCUCACUCACACACACAUGCACAUCUAUGCCUCUGCAUCACUAAUUGAGGGGGAAACCCUUUGUUGUGGUUGCAAAUUAGCUGAU